AUGAGCAUGGACGCUGGCGGUCUUGCUCAAAUGGCUUACAAUUCCUCCUUCAACAAUGGCAGUUCCCUGGGUGUGCCGGGUUCUGGCUUCGCUUCGCGCGGCAAAGGCUCGCACAUCAAACGUUUGAGUAUGCCUCCCCAGGUUGCUACCAUCGACGAGUCCCAGGCAUCGGCCCCUCUCUCCACUCCGCGUACCAGUCGGUCUCAUCUCUUGGCUGGACUACGUACUGCUCCCAAGUCCGCGACAAUCCCCUCCGAGCACCAGCAGCGCAAUGGAAUGGAGGGCGCGCGAUUCUCCGGGUAUUCGACCCGAGGGACUGACCGGGUCCCGCGAACUGCGACCGGAACUGGAUUCCCACAGCAGGCUUACACGAGCAACCACAACUCGAAUCGCAACUCGCAUCACAACCGCAUGAUGUACACUAUGCCGGAGCAGGUGCUUGCGCCUCCGAUGCUUGAAAUGGCCGGCGGCGAUAUUCCCAUCGAUGAGAACAUGUAUGCCGAGUUGAUGUCAACCAAUCUGUUCCUUGCCGCGCAGCAGCAACGCCUGCAGCAGCAGUUGAUCAGCGUCACCGCUGCGGCCCAGCAAUUCCAAGGUCUCAAUCUUGGCAUGUCUCUUCCCCAGCAGCAACAGCUUCCUUCGCUUUCCAUCCCCGGCAUGGGAUUCUAUCAGCAACAGCUCCAGCAAGGCGUCCAGCCUAUUGUGCAGCCGGUUCCUGGCCAACCGGGAAUGUUCUGUGUCUACAAUCCUCUGACUGGUCAACAAAGCUACAUCAUGGACAACAACUCCCAGGAUGAUCGUCAGCAACAGCUCUAUCAGGAUGUGCAGUCUCAUCUUAGUCAACAAGUUCCUCAGUUCCGGGCAGAGAUUUCCCCUCCUGCGGAGUCCGCGCACUCUACUAUGCAGUUCCCGCAGCCGAUCUCUCCUCCGGCUGGCAGCCCCUCCCCGCCGCACGAUUCGUCUGUGAAUGCUCUUCGCCGAGGUCACCGCAAGAAUCCUUCGUUCAACCCGGCUAUCAAGACGAGCAUUGACACUACAAAGGCCAAUGUCGGACCUGGACCUAGGUCUGCUGCCCUGCCACCGACACCGGCCACUGGAACAUUUGGACCCGGUCAAGGUCGUGCUGGCGAGCAUCCGAUGCGUCAACCCCGUGGACCUCCUUCGCUUGAAGAUCUCGUGUCCAAGCCCACAUCAAAGCACGAAGGCAGCAAGAACUUCGCGACCCGCCAGCGACGUCGUGCCGUUCAUAACCUUGUCCGUGCGGGGAUCGAGCGUCGUGGUGAUACGCGCAGUUUCGGAUACCAUAGUAGCGGAGGCACCAAUACACCUGCAAGUGAAAAGGAGUUUACUUUCUCGGAUGGCGAUGAUGCCACGGUGCGCAGCGGUGGUAGCCUCUCCAGCAAGCCUAGCCUAGGCAGUCUGCGAGCAGUUGCUAACGGCGCCAUUGGCUCCGAGAGAAAGGAGAAAUCUGGCCGAGACCGCAAGUCCCCGGACAGUCCCUUCAGUAUUGCCACCCCGACUAGUGAAGACGGUGGCUAUUUUGGUUCGAAGUUUGUUGAUGCUCGAGGGGAUUAUGCUCCCUCGCCUAGUGCCAGUGGCACCUCGUCGCCCUCAGUGGCGGCCGUUGUUGCUGGCCAGGGGCCGGCAGCCCAGGCACCAGAACGGCGCAAGACGCCAAUGCUGGUCCUGUCUAGCGCUGAAAAACGCAAGACCCCCUUCAUGUAA